UACUUGUACCAGGAGCACUUUAAACUAAAAAAACAUAUGCCAACUAAUGGAUGGGGAGGGAUGAGGCAAGUUGAUCAGGUUACAGGCAUAGCUGUUGGAGAUGAUAUUGAGCGCAUAAGACUGACAAGGAAUGAACUACAACACUCAAAAGAAUUUGAACUUGGAGAUACACGUUUUGUUGAGUUGUGUAACAUAUUAACUGAUCUUUUAAAACGGUUUGAUCUACUUAACAAACCAGCAAGACUUUAUACAGAUCAACUUAAUGAAAUUAUGGCUAAAACUAUGUCUGCUCAGGAAGUUCAAUCAAUUGAAAAUGAAAUAUUAGGAAUGGAUAUUACAGUUGAAAUAGUGAACCCGAUGAAAGUUCAACCUUAAUAAAGAAUUAUCUCCUCCUCACGAUUUUUAUUGCAAACAGUUAUUUUUGGCA